AUGGCCCGCUCCGGGGCUGCUACGUCGUCCACCCCGGCCCCGGGAGCCCCUCCUCGGAACCUGCCCCGGGGGCUCGUGCAGGAUAUGAACGGGACCCCGAGGGAGCUGCGUCCACGGCUCUGCCACCUGCGGAAGGGCCCCCAGGGCUAUGGGUUCAACCUGCACAGUGAUAAGUCCCGGCCUGGCCAGUACAUCCGCUCUGUGGACCCAGGCUCACCGGCCGCCCACUCGGGCCUCCGUGCCCAAGACCGGCUUAUUGAGGUGAAUGGGCAGAACGUGGAGGGGCUGCGUCACGCCGAGGUCGUGGCCAGCAUCAAGGCGCGUGAGGACGAGGCCCGGCUGCUCGUGGUGGACCCCGAGACUGACGAGCACUUCAAGCGGCUGCGGGUCACACCCACCGAGGAGCACGUGCAAGGUCCAUUGCCAUCCCCCAUCUCCAAUGGGACCAGCCUUGCACAGCUCAAUGGUGGUUCAGUAUGCUCCUCUCGAAGCGACCUGCCUGGCUCAGACAAGGACACGGAGGACGGCAGCGCCUGGAAGCGGGACCCCUUCCAGGAGAGCGGCCUGCACCUAAGCCCCACAGCAGCUGAGGCCAAGGAAAAGGCGCGGGCCACACGAGUCAAUAAGAGGGCACCACAGAUGGACUGGAACCGGAAGCGGGAGAUCUUCAGCAACUUCUGA